CUUUAGGAUGUUUUUUCCCCCUUUGGUUCGUGAUUGGUCGUACAACAGCGGAUACAGAGUAUCUACAAAUAGAUUUUGUGUUUACUGUAGCUGGAAUGCUAGCUAUCUAUAGCUAGAUAAGCUAUGCCUAGUUCUUCUGGAAAGACAGUCAAAUUUUGUAUUAUUUUAUACAAGAAGUAAGUUUAGGUGCGCCUUGGCAAGACAACGUAAUUGUCUUUUCGAUUGAGGCCAAGGUAUGUUUUUCAAUUCCCCUUAAAACAGCAGCCAUUAGCAAACAAGACCAAACAAGUUAACUUCUGUCUGCAGCCUGACUAGCGUGUAGAGAUGAUCGAGGUUGUGGCCUCCAUGGCCCGAGGCCCUGUGUUUCUCGCCGGGGAGCUCAUGGAGUGUCUCAUAACUUUCACCAACCCGAUGUCCCAUCUCUCCACUUCUGCCAGCAGUGAGAUGCUGGCAUGGGCCAGUGCCCAGAUCCACUGCCAGUUUCAUGCCAGUGAGAGCAGAGUGGCCCUGCCGGCCCAGGGAAACAAACAGGACGUCCAGGCUGAGAGCGACACAGUGCUUAUUCCAAGCAGAGGAGAGCGAGGGCAGUGUGUGCUGGACACACCACCUAAGAUAUUAUUCUGUGACCUGCGCCUGGACCCCGGGGAGAGCAAAACCUAUUCAUACAGUGAGAUCGUACCCAUAGAUGGUCCUCCUAGUUUCCGUGGUCAGGCGGUGAAGUACGUCUACAAACUGACCAUCGGUUGCCAGAGAGUCAACUCUCCUAUCAAACUACUCAGAGUUCCCUUCAGAGUGCUGGUUCUGCAAGGCAUGCCAGAGCCUCCUUUUCCCCAGGAUGAGGAGGUUUCCCCCUCCAACCCGUUCCUGGAGGAAGAGGAAGCGAGCCGCAGGGAUGCUCGGCCUUUGGAGAGAGCACUGGACAUGCUGAUGGUCACCACCUCAAGACGCUGCCCCCACAUGUUUAAUAUCACCAAUAUGCGUGGGAAAGUGGCAAAGUUCUGCAUCUUCAAGACUGUAUACAGACUCGGGGAGGACAUCAUCGGCACAUUCAACUUCUCAGAGGGCAACAUUCCCUGCUUGCAGUAUUCAGUGAGCCUUCAGAAUGAGGAGGAGAUCCAGCAGCAGUACCAGCGGCGUCCCGGACAGGCUGUCAGUGUGACUGGACACGGACGACACCUCGAGUCCUGCCUCCACACCGCCUCCAGCCACUUCUCUCUCCCCAUCCCCCUCAACGUCACCCCGGGUUUCAGCACAGACAUAGUGAUCCUGAGGUGGCGCCUGCACUUUGAAUUCGUCACUGCCCGGGAGCCCAUGGAACCACCCACAGUUCUGCAGAACCAAUCAGAGGUCACGGUUUGGGCCGGGGCGGAGCAUGUUGACGUGGAUACCUUCAGCUGGGAUCUGCCAAUCAAAGUCCUGCCUACCAAUCCGGCCUUGGCAUCCUACAUGUCCCACUUUACAGGGACCAACAGCAUUAAUAUUUGACUUUUGAAGGGGGGAGUGCGAGUGUGAGAUUGUGAACGAGUUUAUAUUGUGUAUCUGAGGGGAUCAAUGGAUGUGUGUGUGUGUGUGUGUGUGUGUGUGUGUGUGUGUGUGUGUGUGUGUGUGUGUGCUGAGAGAGCGAGAGACACUGUUUUUUUCUUUCCAGAUGAGAGAUGUUAGCACAGAAGUGCACAUUUCAGGAACAAAGAAGCAUUUUUUUUGUUGUUGUUUCCAUUGUAUAUUCAGAGCCAGUUAUAUGUAAAGUAUGCAACCUAUGUUUUGCCUUUUUCAUUGCUUCUUAACUUUAAAUGCAUCUUCCUUUUUGAAAGAUCCACAUAUAUUGACCUUCUGAAGUGCAACUAUCUCUGUGAUUGCUGUGCGUUUCUGUAUUUAUUUCAUUUUUGACUAUUCAGUCGCACACUUGUUCUUUUUCAUUUUAUGAAAAAAUUGUUAUUCAAAAUAUUUCUACUGUUUAACUGUUAUUCUUUCACCUUGAGCAAAGGCUGUAUUGAGAUGUAAAUACUACAAGAUAAAAAUGUAUUAAAAUUGUGAUUUAAAUUUGA